AGCUGGCGGAUCAAAGAAGGUCGAGAAGGUCUGUCUUCAAGGUGAAAGCACUGGCAGUGGCAGCCGCCAACAAACGACGAGACGUGAUCCAGAUAGUGGGGUCGGGAGGCCUUGGGCGAGGGUUGCUUGUGCUUGUCUCUGUUAGGGUGGGACUCCCAAUUCCGUGGGAAAUAAGGUGGUAUCAUAGGUCACGUGUAAACACUCUACAGGCGGUUUCAUUCGACCGCUGCCCCCGAAAAAAAACAGGGCCCCCCAGGCUGCGCUUCGUUAGCCCCAAGAGAGGGGGAGACCGAUUUGACCUCCCCCGAAAGUCCCUUUGGCUCCAGCACUUGAACCUGCUUCCGACCUUACCACUUCGCAAAAACACCAAAACAAAUCUCCAUCUACCAGCGACUUGUCCACGCGACCCUCCUGCUCUUACCUUCUCCUUUCGGAAUCCUCCACUACUCGAGAGACUUGCGCACUCAACAUCACACAUAUAACAAAAAUGGCGACCGAGGUACGUUGGACCCUUGACCCACGACGCCCACCGUCUGAAGCCCGCCUAUUUCCCCUCCCGAACGCCCGGCCUUGAGCCGUGUCGUGAUAGGGCGCCUCCUGGGCCUCUGGCAUGCCCUCUCCUACCUACUAGAAUCUUUGCUAACUUUCUGUUCUCAAUAUGUAGCGUGAAAGGUUCGUCUGCUUCAGUGCUGGAGCUGUGGCCGCCACAGCUUCAACCCCGCCGUUGCCUGCAGCGAGAACUAACCGAGUGUAAAAAUUGUAGCAAGACCUUCCUCGCCCGCCUCUGCGAGCAGGCCGAGCGUUACGAUGAGAUGGUUGGCUACAUGAAAGAGGUCGCCAAGCUCGGUGGUGAGCUUACCGUUGAUGAGCGCAACCUCCUCUCCGUCGCCUACAAGAACGUCGUUGGCACCCGCCGCGCCAGCUGGCGCAUCAUCUCCUCGAUCGAGCAGAAGGAGGAGUCCAAGGGCUCUGACAAGCAUGUCCCUACCAUUCGCGAGUACCGUUCCAAGAUUGAGAGCGAGCUCGAGAAGGUCUGCCAGGACGUUCUUGAUGUCCUCGAUGAGGCUCUUAUCCCCAACGCUGCCUCUGGCGAGUCUAAGGUAUUCUACCACAAGAUGAAGGGUGACUACCACCGUUAUCUUGCCGAGUUCGCCUCCGGUGAGAAGCGCAAGGGUGCCGCCACUGCUGCGCACGAGGCCUACAAGAGCGCCACCGAUGUCGCUCAGACCGAGUUGACCCCCACCCACCCCAUCCGCCUGGGUCUGGCUCUCAACUUCUCCGUUUUCUACUACGAGAUCCUCAACUCCCCCGACCGUGCUUGCCACCUCGCCAAGCAGGCUUUUGAUGAUGCUAUUGCCGAGCUCGAUUCCCUCUCUGAGGAGUCUUACCGCGACAGCACCCUUAUCAUGCAGCUUCUCAGGGAUAACCUUACCCUCUGGACCUCGUCCGAUAACGGCGAGCCUGAGGCUACCGAGGUUCCCAAGGAGGAGAAGACCGAGGAGAAGCCCACUGAGGAGAAGGCUGCUGAGCCCGCACCUGAGAAUUAAGCGGCUCGUCCAUGACGGGAUCGUCGAAACAUUCCGAGAAGGUUCUCUCGGGACCCCACACCUCGUUUUGGUUGCUUGAUAAGCUGUAAUUGGAGGCGAUGUGGGUCAAUAUCAGACCUUUAGUUGCCGGAGACUGGACUACAUCGUCUGGCCGUGCCGGUUGGGCGGGUGCAGUGCUAUGCGGUAGCAAUAGCACUAGCGGUUCAUGCAAGGGCAAGACUGCGCAAGGGAGUUGGUUGAUGUUAGGGGGAAACUGAAAAUGCAGGGCAUGGUGCUUUCUCGUUUUAUUACCUCUGUUUUUGUUUUGAGUCUCCUUUUUACAACUUUGCUUGCUUCCCUUGGUUCGGAGUUGUGUCGGUUCAAAUCUCCAGUUUUCUGACGAGGGGAGGAGGAAAGGCCAAGCCACCCAUCGAAGUCGCU